AUGGAAGAGGUCAAACAGGAUGUGAUUGAAUUAUCAGAGGAUAGUGCUAGUGUUCCAGAUAGACUCACAUGUAUCUUUUAUCAACGCUGCUGGGCAACUGUUGGUGUAGAUUUAUUUCAUAUGGUGAAGGUGUUCUUUGAGGGUCAGACUUUGCCUAAGUCUAUCACUCAUACAAACCUGGUUUUGUUGCCUAUGAAGAAUGAAAUGGAAAGAUUUUCUGACAUGAGGCCUAUUAGCCUUAGUAACUUUAUUAACAAAGUUAUCUCUAGGGUGGUGCAUCACAAAUUGGAGAAAUCCCUACCUAGAUUGAUAUAUGCCAAUCAAUCAGGUUUUGUAAAGGGCAGAAAUAUCAUUGAGAAUGUUUUGCUAACCUAA